AUGCGCCACCAAAGAUCACAGUUCCACCACUGUGCCAUCGUCGUCAAGACCUGCGACGACGGCUCGAAGUCUCGGCCCUUCGGGCACUGCCUGGUGGCAGGCAUCGACCGGGCGCCACUGAAGGUUACCAGGAAAAUGUCCAAGAAGAAGAUUACCAAGCGCACCAAGGUGAAGCCUUUCACCAAGUAUGUGAACUACAACCACAUCAUGCCGACGCGAUACAACGUGCCUGCCGAGAUUUCCCCGUCCACCAUCUGCACGGACGCGCAGAUGGACACUCCCGAUGGCCGCAAGGAAGCCAGGAAGUUCGCAAAGAGCCUAUUCCAGGAGAAGUUCCAGGCACCACCGCAAGACAAGUCGGGACGCCCCUCCAAGGACGUCCUCUACCUGCGCAAGAAGCUGCGCUUCUGA